AUGAACUGGGACACACAGCUAAGCUCUAUACUGACUGCAACAGAUGCCAACAUGGCCAAAGUUAAGCAUCGUCUGAACCCAGCCGGUUUACCUUCCAAAGCUGAUUUAUUGCUGGAAAGAAUAAACCCAGAGAGUGCUGUUCUGACUGAACCACCACCCUUGCAUGUCACAUGUGCUGCUCACCAUUGCUGUAGUAUGGCUACUGAGGAGCUGUCAGCUAUCAGCAAGCAGCUGCAUUCACAAGCCCAGGUCAUAGAAUCCCUCACUCAGGCGGUACAUCGACUGAAACAGGAGAAAGAACUGCAACAGCACAGCAUCAGUCACCUAGAGGAGGAGGUGGAUCGACUGCAGCACAGCCCCUACGGUGGCUUGGAAUCUGUGCUGGGAUGCAGGAUGGAAGGACUAAAGAGUGAGCUCCAUAACCUUCAGCAGCAGGUGUUUCAGCAGUCAGAUGGUGACUGCACCCCUGAUCUAUAUUCUGUCCCUGGCAUUGCGCAAGAGAUGUUGGAGAGCAAGAAAGUCCUGUGGCGAGAGUAUGAGACCAUCAGAAGAGAGAUGGAGCAGCUGAAACAAAAACUCGAUCGGCAUGAGGAAGAUCUGUUCAGUCAAGUGUCUGCAACUCGUGAGAUUAGAAGGACUCAAAGUCAGUACUGUAAGAUGCUGGAAGAUCUGAUGAAUAGUUACAAAACUCAGACUCAGGAUUUGGACAGAGCUAGGACUGAGACCCGGGGCACCCAGCAGGAACUCAGUAAUGUCAAAUCCACAGUUACCAACCUAAGAGAACAAGUGAAAAGUCUGCAUGCUGAGGACAAGCUGUGUGCUACGCCACUGAGGAAAGAAAGCAUUCAUCUAAAAAAAAAGAAUGAAUUACUGCACAGUGAUGUCUUGUCAUCCUUUCUGUCCGAUGAUUCAGCCUCCGAGCUCAGUCUCACUGACGUCAGCUCAGAUGAACUCUUCAGUGAACCAGAAUUUGCAGAACUUGCUGAUGACAAGGAGAUUUCCAUACCAAGCUUGGCGAUAGAGAAGAGCACCCCUGGAAGGAAGACGAGUAGCAUGUUGAAGGGAGCAGAGCUUAACAGCGAGCUGUCCACCAGUCUGCCUGAGCUCAGCUUGAGUGACCUGUAAAUCUUCACCAAAAGACUGGCUCAUUCUUUCUAACAUGAACAAAUUAAAGAGAAGAGAAACUUAGUCUGCUCUCCUGUAUGCUGAGCUGGUUUUUGUACAGAUGCAACCUGAGGUGGGAAGAGGUGACAGCUUGGCAUAUAACUUGAAU